GCUCCUCUGAAUCAGAGUGAGGAAGAAACUGUGGGAGCAAGAGCAGAGGAUGGCAGGAGGAAGCAACGCCGCUCGACGGCGUACGCCCGGCCACGCAGCCGUCGGCUCGCCGGUGAACUCGUCCGCCGCCACUCGCCGGUGAACUCGUCCGCCGUCCCUCGCCCUGGUGGUAGGCUAGAUGCGGCUCAACUGAGGCGAGGGAUCCCGCUUCCUUUCAACAGAGAAAGAUAUGUGGUGAUUCUUCAGCAAGACAGUUGGUUCUCAGUCAAGUCUGUCUCAUAGAAAGAAAUACAUGGUGAUGGCUCGUCAACAAAGAUCAAAGAGUUAGUCAGAUCUGUGUGGCGAUGGCUCGUCAACAAUGGCCCAAGAGAUCUAGUGUUGUUCCCGCCAUUUGGAAUCAGUCAAGUCUGUGGUCCAAUUUUAGUGAGUGGAGCACUGGCAUUUUCUAUGGUAAAACGUUUUACUAUUGACCAGCAAGGUUGACUUUGCUAACCAGGUGAGGCAUCAACUUCCAAGCUCAGUGUUCAUUCCUGAGGAUACAAGUCCCCCUAGUCCCAAAUCGAUCCCACCUUUUUUGACCAGGAACCAUGACUUUGAUAACCAGCAAUGACCAUGGAGGCAGGGGCAGAGCAUAAAAGGAGUUUGCAGAGACAUGAACUAUUCAACUUCCAAGCUCAGUGUUCAUUCCCGAGGAACGAGGAUACAAGCCCCCUAGUCCCCGCAAAUGGAGAUUUUCGUUUCUGCGUUGAUGGGUGAACUCAUAUCAAGAUCCAUGAGUUCCAUCAUCAACAAAUACUCCAAGCCACCGGCGGAGGCCGUGGAGGCUGGCUUAGAGAGGAUUCUACUCAGGGGGCAGGUCAUCAUGGACGAGGCCAUGGGGCGGCACAUCACAAACCAUGGAAUGCUCCAGCAGCUUAGCAUGCUGAGGUAUGCCAUGUACCAAGGCUACUAUGUGCUCGACACCUUCAGAUGCCAAGCGUACCAAGAAGAGGAGAAUAUUCAGGCUGUGAGUCAAUCUGGGGCCGUGUCCAAAUUUCGUUAUGCACAACGGCUCUGUCUCUCCAGCAGCAACAACAAAAAAACAUCACAAGGGCUUGAAGAGGCCCUUGACAGUUUGAGAUCCAUGAUUCUUGAUGCCAGUGAGAUGGUGAGGUUCCUGACAACAUAUCCUCGCCUGCAUCGCCAGCCUUACAGCAUGCAUCUCUUGCUGGACAAGUGCAUGUUUGCCCGCCAGAGGGAGACAGAAGUAGUUAUCAACUUCCUUCUGUGCACACAAUCUUGUACUUGUAGCUUCGAUGUCCUCCCAAUUGUUGGUCCGGAGAAUGUUGGAAAGAGCACUCUUGUCGCUCAUAUCUGCGAAGACGAAAGAGUACGUGAUCGUUUCCCCCAGAUUGUUUUUUAUAGGCAUGAUAAUUUCAGAGCUGCGUAUGUUGAGAUGGAUGUGUGGCCACACGAGGAAGGAUCGAGUCCGUGUUUGGGACUAAAGGCUUUGUUGUUGUUUGUUGUUGAUAAUUUCAGAGCUGAAGAUGUAGCCGCUUUGAGAGGCAGAUGUGCAGCGAGACAUGAGAAUAAUGGGAGAUUGCUGAUCGUCAUCGACAUUGUUGGGGAUCUCGACAAAGAUCUGUGGGGGAACUUGUGCUCUCUUUGCCGACAGAGCACCACAAGUGGUAGUAAAAUCAUUAUCACAAGCCGGUCUGACAAGAUCACAAACUUUGGGACAACACAGAGUCUAGUACUGAAGCAUCUGUCCGAUGAGGCAUUCUGGUAUUUUUUCAAGGUGAUUACGUUUGGAAGUACGGAUCCCAAGAUGCACCCGAGGCUCGUGUAUUUGGCAAUGGAGAUAGCAAAAUUGAUGUAUAACCUCGCUGAAGCAAGCAUCACUGCAUGUGUAUUGAGAGCCAAUUUUAACACCAAUUUCUGGGGCAAGGUUCUGGCAUUCCGACAAGGGUGCAUGCAAAAGCAGCUCUGUAAGCUUGGGGUGCAUCCGUGUGAACUUCUCAGUGGGAAUAGACCUGUGUAUCUUCAACGAAUGGGUAGAACUAGUGAAGAUGUUCUUGUUCUUGGUACUAAUCAGACAUGCUAUUCUGUAGAGGAAGCUCCCAAGAUAACGGCCGUAGAUGUUUUGUAUGGAAUCGCCAGGCCUCAAGGGGGGACAUUUAAGGUCCUUCUAUGGAAGUCUCGGAUACCGCCCUACCAUACCUACAUCCAAACUUAUGAGAUUCGAGAGGUGCAAGCUAGAGCGGUGAAGAGGAAGCGCCCUUUGAUGAAUGGCAUUAGACAUGUUUAGUUUUGUUAGUGUAAGUCGUCUAUACUCUUGUGCCGCUAUUUUCUGCUAUGUUGUAUAACUGAAAAAUAAGGUAUGUUAUCGAGACAUACAUUUCUUUUAUUA